AUGUCUAGUUUUGAUAUCCCUAUUAUCCUUGGUAACAAAGAUAAACAAUUACCCAAACCAAUUAAUAACCGUCCCGGAAAUGAUAACACCCCAAAUGAUAAGAAAUUUUUAGGUCUAACUCCACAUGAAGUGAAAAAUCCUCAAACUCGAAAUCAAUUCAAUCUCUGGAUUGCUGAGAUGAUUGCAAUGUAUAGGAGAGAUAACCGUGAUAUGCUCUGCUUCUUUCUUAAUAGAAAUUAUGAAGAAUAUUAUAUUCUGUAUGAUUGGAUGGGUGAUAAGAAAAACCAAUUAUACGAUAGAUUGAAUAAGCAUGUUGUAGAUUUGCUAAGAGAAUGA